AUGGAGGUCUCACCACAUUUCUACAAGCACCUAAAACCGCGUGCAGGACCCAAACUUAAGGUGCAGAUAAGGAGCAGCAGAUAAAGGCUGAGAGCUAUGGAAGAGGAGGAGAGAGGCCUUCUUUGAUCUCGCUGCUCGUCUGCCGUUGCUGGUUCCCUUCAAGGCUUCCUGCGGGAGGUGCAUGGCCGCCUCGCCUCGCGUCCAACCAUGAACCCAACGCAGGACUCCCCGCUCCCAGACGCCAAGGCGCUUCUUCAUCCCAAGGAGGAGGCGGAGGCGGACGCCGAGGCUCCCGAGGACGCCACGCCGACGGAGAAGGGCCACGACCAGCACCGGACGAUCCUCCCGUUCAGCGUCGAGGCUUUGAUUUCCAAGCAAAAAAGCACCUGUCGGAGUCCGCUGCCGACCGGGAAGAGCGCGCACUUUUCUCCGAGGACUUUUUACGCGGAGGCCGUUUGCAGCGGCGGCUCCGCGGGGGACACCAGCCCCAACUUUGGCGAUAAAGAGCAGAGCACUUGGUUCCAAGCGAACUCCUUUUCGACUAACUCUCGUAGCUCGAGUCCAACUCCGUGUACUUUACGCAAACACAAAAACAACAGGAAACCUCGCACGCCCUUCACUACCUCCCAGCUGCUGGCCCUGGAGCGAAAGUUCCGUCAGAAGCAGUACCUCUCCAUCGCCGAGAGAGCCGAGUUCUCCAGCUCCCUCAACCUGACAGAGACCCAGGUGAAGAUCUGGUUCCAGAACCGCAGAGCCAAGGCCAAGAGACUGCAGGAAGCCGAGCUGGAAAAGUUUAAACUGGCCUCCAAGCCCGUCCUGUCCGCCUUCGCCUUGCCUUUCCCCCUCAGUGCGGCGCACAUGCAGGGCUCCCCGGCAGCAUGGGCGCCCUCCAACCCCUUCCCCAGGCCCAGUCUGCCGGUCCCGGGACUCUUUGGUGGACCUGUCACUUACGGGAUGUACUAUUUGUCCUAAUAUUGCUGACAAAUACAUAUAUUUUCAUGGACAUGGUUGCAAAACACUUAAAGGCACAAUAAGUCGUUUCCAAUUCGGAAAACUAUUUUUUUUUAAUACUUUGAAGUUGCGAGAAUUGUUCUUAUACCUCCAAGAAAUUGUCAUGUUGAUAGCUUUGUGCAGGCUUUGGGUUCACAAUCUUGAAUUGCUCUCAAAUAUGAAUUAUUAUAAAACAGGGUGUCCAAAGAGUGGCCGAGGGGCAAUUUGCAGCCCGCAGCAUAUUUUCUAAAUAAAAUCAGACAGAAAAACGACAGGAAAAAUGCAGGAAAAAGGAACAAAAACACAUAAUUUAAUGAACAUGUGAUAAUAAUAAACUCAACUAUAAAAAUACGCUUUGUCAUCAACACAAAGCUGACACAAAUCUGUGUCUUUAAAUAUAUAAUGCCUGUUUUUUUUGUUGUUGUUUUUUUUACAAAUUAAAAGAAAAUGGCCUCUAUACAAGCCCUUAAUAGAAAACGUUAUAAAGUCAGGUUAUUUCAU